CAAGAUCUAGGAUAUCGAGCAAAAUGAAUGAACAACGGUAUCAAUCAUGCUGACAUUUCCUCCCAAGUCCCAGGCUAGACUAGUUUUGGAUGCUGUAGGUUUGAGCUUUCGAAAAAUAUUUGAGUUUGCCUCGGUUUCUACUUACAGUUCCCAAAGAAAUAGGGGAUAUACCGUAGUUAUGAAGAAGAGUACGCUACGCGCGUAGGUGCCCGCUGGAGAAGAUAUUCUUGCAGCUUCAUGGUUAGGAGUGAUUCGUGGAGGCAAUCCGACUCUGCUUUUCUGGAGAGAGCACAUACGCCAUAGCGGGAGCAUGGCGUCCCCUGAAGAUGCCAGCAUGCAGGACACAGUAUCGAUACUGCGCCAAAGGUUGGCUGACAGGAGGAAGGCUAUUGGCACGCUCCGCGGCACAGGGGAAUUCCCAACAGGCAGUGGUGCUGGCUCUACUCUGCAGGAGCAUGGGUCAGGUGUGGACUUGUUUGAGACAACGGGAAGAUCCGGUGAUGGAACGCCAUUGCGAAGAUCAACCCUACCGGUUUUGACAAGAGAUGCAAACGAGCUAUCGGUUGUAAACAGCCCGCUGCGGAUGUCACACUUGCAGCCACUCGAUGAGGGUGGCAGAGGUGCUGACCUGCCAGCGCCAAUCCUUGGCCAGCAUCAGGGAAGUCCGAGCAGUGAGUUUGCCAGCCUGCGUGAACGCAUGGCCUCCGUGAAGAGGGCGCCUCGCCAGGCCAGCCUAGAUCAACAAGGGACAGGUGGCGAGGAUGACAGCAUGGCUACAAUGAGCUCCGAUUUGCGUGAUCGACUGCGAGCCCAGGUGUCCUCGGCCAAAAUGAAGACUAAACAGAAGACGCAAAGGGCCAGCGCACCUUCUCAAUUACAGGAGGCCGAGGCGAGAGACGGGUCAGGGCAAAGUCCAAAGUCGAGGAAGAAUUGGAAGAAGGCUGUCAACUUUGCCGGUCAAGAAGAGAAACAGCCUGAGGGCCAACAUGAUGCAAGCUAUGACUUCUUUAUGCGACCUACAGGCCCACCUAUGGACUCCGAGCUUAGUUGGCCACGUCGCAGAAAAGCACCGGAUGCUGAGAAUGCCAGUGACGCAGCAGAUCGGGCAAAGGGAGGAGAGGUUCACAUUGCGAUGCCACUGAGUACCGCGGAGCAACGGGAUGGACUUGGAAGGCCACGUCAAGAGCAAGAAACAUCCGCUUUGCUGGGUAGAGACCAGCUGCGUACUCCACGAGAAGCUGGAUUGGUCGCAACCGGGAGCGUGUCAGUCGACGAUAGUGACCUUGUUGAGCAAGGAUUUGCCAUGGCCACUUCCCUGAGACAGCAGCUAGCACUGGAAGAGAAACUCUACUUCCAACCCAGUGAUGUUUAUGUGCCAGAAACUGAGAAGAUACCCAGCGACCAUGCACCGCGCUAUCCGGACCAAGAGGGUCUCUUCACCGGUCACAAUCCACCCAUGUCACUGAGUAACCAGGCCAUAGUUGAAAAUCGACUGCUGAAACAAGGAAGCCAGUCUCUGGUUUGGUUUGGCAAGGACGGCAGGCUGAUUUGCUUGCCAAACCCGGUGAAAGAGUGGCCAGAGCGUCAAGUGGACUGGUGGUUGGGAAAUGACGGUGAUGCUCCCAGGAUGUAUUUCCACCCGGCCCAACUUGAUCCUGACACCCGGCUUAGCGAGCUACAGUCAAGACAGUGGUGUUUGACACUGAAUGUAGACUCUGUGAGGUUCUCCCAUCACCCACUGUUCAGCGUUGAACACGUACUGGCAUCACGCCUACUGCAGUACUUCAGUGCCUACACGCUGCGGAAAGCCAAGAACAGCAUCAACUUUCUCACUGACAAGCUGAAAGCACUGAAGACUGCUGCUGCUCAACUCCACGUUACCCUGGCAACGGGAGGUACAGAACUGGAUGCUCUAGCAACGUCCAAACAGCUUGCUGAUUAUCAAAUGGAAAUCAGGAGAACCCGUCAACUUCGCGAUGGGGAGAGUGCCACAGAGAAACAGUUGAUCAAGAACAUGUUUGGGUGUUGGAUGCAGAUGAAGUCCCUGCGUCACAGCCAAGGCUAUACCAGCACCGGUCUCAAGCUGAUCUUGAAGAAAGAUAACGUCAACAAGGAGCAGGAUCAGCAGAAGUGGCAGGAGGAGAUUGAUGAAGAAGUGGAAGAGCUCAGGGUUGAAGCUGACAAGCUGCACCAGGAUCAGAUGGCAGAAUACCGCCGACAUAAAGCUCUAUAUCGAUCCUACAAGCAACAGAUUGAGAACUCUACAACCGACCAGGGACAGGCAGCCCCAAUAACCCAGCAAGCCGUACCCAAGCCGAAGAAGCCGACUGGUUUUGACGAAGAAGCAUGCCGAUCACUUGUUACAGAGAAUGCUUUGAAGAACAGAAGGAGGCCAGGUAAUCCAAUCAUCACGCCUCACCUGGAGACUGACCUACCCCUGACAGCAAUCACCUCCUGUCCCAGAAAUGAACAAGCAAGGCGCCGUGAAGUUCAGAGACAGAGCUACUUCGUACGAGUGAUGAUUGAUGAGCGCGAAGCCGGACAGUCUAGGAGCAAAUGUGUUGAACAAGACUUUGUCAUACAUUUCAAUGAUUCAAUCAACACCUAUCCUGGACGAUGGCCGGGGAGUGUGGUUUUGCAGGUUGUAGAGGACAGCUAUUUGCAGUCUCGUCAAAUCUCAGAAGUGUUUCUGCCCGUUCCCAGCCGACAUGUCUCGGUUGAGACUGCUACAGCUCAGAGAAUUGAGUUUAGUGCUGAGAGGCGGGUAUCACCAUCCAUGCUAACAGCAGUGGGAAGUGGGUCAGUGUCGGUUCCUGUCGUGCAAGCCAACACGUCCACUGAGGAAAUGCAAUAUGAAGUGCGCGAGCUGCUGACGUCAGCUGAUAUCCACCUUGUCUGCGGCUGGAAUGUUGAUCCUAUCACGGGAAGAACGGCUGCUCCACCGGAGUUUGACGAGGAGGAAGAUAAUGAAAGCAAGAAACACCACCAUGGCGACGCUAUUGGCGCCCUUGGCAUGGCGGGAAUAGUGGAUGCAAAGAAACUUGCAAGCUGGAUCGACGAGGCAAGGCUGGAUCCUAAUGAUCCACGGAACCUUGAUCUUCUCCAGUCAGUGAAAGAAUACACAGCACAGGGUAAGAAUGCCCUGCACUCAUUCCGCCUCUCUGCUCUGGAACGAUCUACGCACUUUGCUACGGACACGCAGCUAAACUCAGACCGGCGAUUUCGCUUGAUCAAGAUCCGAUCUGACCAGGAGGCAAGGAAGUCCCAGCGCUCACAGAAGCCCAUCACCGUUCCGACCAGUGCCGGCCAAGUCACUGCACUGCAGCUACAUGCUGCUGCCGAGGAGGAUGAGACCCCAAACCAGCCAGUGGAUGAAGUUUACAGUAUCUCAGCCAGGAGGCGGAGAGGACAGCAACUGCUGAUGGAGGCCAAGAGGAGGGUAUAUGAACGUACCCAAUCCAUGCAGGGACAAGUGCGUAGGGAACAUGUCGUCCAGGAAGAUCCCACACCGGAUGUCGGCUCCUUCAUUCUGUCCAUCCUGUCGCUGAUGAACCCGUUCGGUGCAGUGGAGGAAAACAAGGAAAGGAUUGCUCAAAGGGCCGUGCAGUCUGUGGCAACGAGUGGUAGCGCCUGUGUGCGCGUGGAGAUACUCCGCGCUAAUCGGUUGCCCCAGCGUGCCAACAGCUCUGCAAAUGAGCUACAGCAUACAGUCCGAGGUGGACGUAAGAAAGCCCCUGCCACUCUGCGACCAUACGUAGAAGUUUCCUUUCAGCGCGAGAAGCAGCGCACCGAAGUGGCCGAGGGCACCGAUCCGGAGUGGAAUGACACCAUGACGUUUCAACUCGUGGGUGAGGAGAGCCGUAUGACGACGCUACAGGGACUUCAAAGUCUCGACGACCUCGUCUACUUCAACUUGUUUGAUGAAGAGCUAGUCGAUCUGCUUCAAGACGAGCGCAAGCGAGACACAAACAUUCAUCAGAGAAUCCAGCGGCACUGGCUGGGCAGUUUCUCACUGCCACUGCAGACACUACUGGCCAGAUCACAGGUUUCCGGCACGUUCCAACUCCAAGUACCGCUAGUUCUCCUCGACUAUCACCUUUAUCAGCCGGAGGAACGGGUUCUGCCUUGGUGGCUGCAGCGGGAAAGUCAACGACUUGACCGUCCUUGCUUGACUGUCAACAUUACCUUGGAGCCUAAGCUGGCGCCUUUGCCUUCAAUACACAUCACAUUUGAAAGUCGAGAGGAACAUCGCGUACUGAAGGCAUCACGCCAAUGGACGCACACUCUGUCAAGCAAGUUCCCCGCUCGGCAAAACUAUGUGACUGCAGUGGACUUGAACGGAAGAACAGUUCUGGUAACGCGCUACAUUGCUAAGCAGUGUCCACCCUCACAGGUUUGCCAGCAUCAGCCGAAUACCGUGCCGACAAUGAAACAUUUGGAGCGGGCAGCUCACUUUGUGUCGAUGAUUCCGUUUGUGCCGGACACAACCGCCUUCUCUGGCACAUGUGAUUUGUGGUCCACAUCGCAGGAGUUUCUACAGAUGCUGAGUGGUGAUGAGGAAGAGCACGCCGUCUUGCUGUGCAAUUACUUUCUGCACAUGAAGCAGCAAGCAUGGGUACUGGUUGGCAGUGCUAUUCCGGAAGGUGAUACGGCAUUCGUCCUGGUUUCCAGCUACAACCCGACGGGUAAAGUCGAGUAUCAUCUCUGGAAGCCCUCAACUGGGGAGCAUUUCCGGCAGUAUGACACACUGUGUCCGUUGCAAGAUGUCUACUUCGUGUUCAAUGACACGAAUGUCUGGGCGAAUGUUCAGUCUUCGACGAAGCCAUCGCAGAUCACUUUUGACCUGAGCAGCACGUCGAACUGGCGUCCUUUCUUCACGUCCUCGUUUCCUGCCCCAGAUCUUACCUCUAUCCAGAGUGAGCACCUCGUGUAUGAGGUUGGAGCAGAGACGUUUGGUCAGGAGCUCGAAGUCGUACUGGAACAGCGUCUGAUGAGUGAGCUGAUGGGCUGGAGAGAGCAGCAAGUGACACACUGGAACAGGUAUUGCAGCCGAGGACUGAAGGAGCUAUUGCCAAGGUUUGAAGCGAAUCCCUACGACAUUCCAGUGUCCACGUCCAACGAGCAUCUAAGAAACAUCUUGAAAUCGUACAGACUGACGGGUUUUCCCCUGCACAUGCCAUUCACUGACGUGAGUUCGGUCGUCGAAACUCUCCACAGCACCGGACUGCAUCUCAACGAUGACCCCAAGGUGGAAUUUGCCCUGGCAGUGUAUGCCCACGUCUACCCGAAUGAAGUCGUGUCUCUAUGGGUGUAUGUUGCCAACAUCUUCAAGCGCUAGCAGCUGCAUGGCGAAACUCAACCAAGCAAAACCUUUAUAGCAAAGAGAGAGAGAGAGAGAGAGAGAGAGAGAGAGAGAGAGAGAGAGAGAGAGAGAGAGAGAGAGAGAGAGAGAAAGAGAGAGAGAAAGAGAGAGAGAAAGAGAGAGAGCGAGAGAGCGAGAGAGCGAGAGAGAGGAGGA